CCAAUGAAAACACAGGAUGAAGAAGAAGCGACACCCCUGCUAGAAGCUUAGUUUGGACUCGGUUAUCUUUCAUGCAGUCACCUGUGUUUCACUGCCUUCAUGUCUGUGAGCUCUGCACGAACUCGCGGUUGGCAAAGCAGGUUAAGUCCGAAAUAAAACACGAACAGCGAAGCUGGUUUUGAAAUAUGCCGGUGGUGUGAGGUUGGCCAAUGUUAGCACGGAGCUAGCUGCUGUUAGUUUGUUUUGCUAACGCUGAGUUAACCCUGCAGGAUGGCUGCUGAGCUCUAUAUCUACUAAUGACGCUCAGCAGCUAACCUCGGCGUCCGGAUUUCGAUUUGCAAUAUAUAAAUCAAAACAUCCGAGUCAGUCCAGUUUCCAGCAGCAGACGCUUGUAUUGGGUUAGCCGUUAUCAGUGGACGUGAAUCCUGAAACUACCGGCAUCCACGGCAUGAUUCAUUCGGUUGUUUGAUGGGGAUUUUAAGGAUCAUGAUGCUGCCGAAGAUCCAGCUUUUGGCUGUUUUGGCAUUCGGAGUGGCGAUGCUCCUGAUCGAGAAUCAGAUCCAGAAACUGGACGAGUCCAGAGCCAAACUAGAACGCACCAUAGCCAGACACGAGGUGGCCGAAGUAGAGCAGCGUCACAGCGAAUACGGGGGUGGGCGGGAACUUCCGCCGAUAGUAGAAAACGACGACACGGUCAUCAUCUACAACAGAGUGCCCAAAACAGCCAGCACGUCCUUCACGAACAUCGCCUACGACCUGUGUGGGAAGAAUCGCUUCCACGUUCUGCACAUCAACACAACCAAGAACAACCCUGUCAUGUCUCUACAAGACCAAGUGCGCUUUGUCAGGAACGUCACCUCGUGGAGAGAGAUGAAGCCCGGCUUCUACCACGGCCAUGUAGCUUAUCUGGACUUCUCAAAAUAUGGUGUGAAAGGUAAACCACUGUACAUCAAUGUGGUGCGUGAUCCCAUAGAGCGCCUUGUGUCGUACUACUAUUUUUUACGUUUUGGAGAUGAUUACAGACCAGGCCUUCGACGAAGGAAACAAGGAGACAAGAAGACUUUUGAUGAGUGUGUGUCAUCAGGUGGGUCUGACUGUGCUCCAGAGAAACUCUGGUUGCAGAUCCCUUUCUUCUGUGGUCACCAUUCAGAGUGCUGGAACGCGGGCAGUAGAUGGGCUCUGGAACAGGCCAAAUACAACCUGGUAAACGAGUACCUGUUAGUGGGAGUAACGGAGGAACUCGAGGACUUCAUCAUGAUCUUGGAGGCAGCACUCCCACGCUUCUUUAAGGGAGCCACAGAUCUCUACAGAUCAGGAAAGAAAUCCCACCUAAGGAAGACCACAGAGAAGAAGCCCCCCACCAAAGAGACAAUAGCCAAGUUGCAGCAGUCAAACAUCUGGAAAAUCGAAAAUGAAUUUUACGAGUUUGCACUUGAACAGUUUCAGUUUGUGCGUGCCCACGCCGUCAGGGAAAAAGACGGAGAACUCUUUGUCCUUGCACAAAGCUUCUUCUAUGAAAAGAUCUACCCCAAAGUGAACUAAAAGUGUCAACAGAAAAGCAUGAACUAAGCUGCACAGAUACAAGUCGUGUACACUGGGAAAUUACAGGACAUUAAGCGGUGCUGGUUUCACUGGGGUCUAGUUGGGAAAUCCUUUCAGACACUAUGGUGGAAUUUCUACUUUUUUAUUGCUAGUGCAGCUGUUGAGAAAACUAAGGUAUCAGUCUAUACUGUGAGAAAGAAUUUCCCAAACCUUAAGGACAAGAAGGGUUUUUUACAAAGUUUGAUGUUUGGGUGGACUUUCAAAAUAAAAGCAGGAAACCUCAACUACUUCAGCAGCUUCAAAACAUUGUUUUAAAAAAGAGAAAAGAUAUCAGUUGACAUGGUUUAUGUAUUUUUAUCAAUCAUACACGAAAUUCCAGUGAACCAGCACUUGUUUACAAAGUGCAGAUGGUCACGGCUACAUUCCUACAUGCUGUGUUAACAUGUUUUUGGACCAAAUUGUAGCAAAAGAAAACAGAUUGGAUCAUUGCAUCCUUUGGUGCGUGACUGGUAAUUUUUUAUUCCACUGAGAUCUUCUCAAUUUUUACAUGUUUCACACAUUAUUUCAGUGAUUUAUCACAGAUAUUAAUGUGCAUGUUUUUUCUUAAAAGACAGCUGCUGUUCUUUUGUUUUUUUAGUCUGAAAGGACAACCUGGAGUAGGAGAAAGGUACUAAUGACUAACAGCUGGAAUGUUUGAGUACAGUAUUACUGCAAGCAGGAAGAAACUGAUAGUGCCUUUAUAUUAAUGUACAGAACAUUUCUUUAAUAUUAUUUUUCCUCUGAUCCCACAUUCACUUUUCUUUUAUUUUGGCGUAUUGCUUCUAUGAUUACUGUUGUUUUCCACUCUCCACAGUAACACUCUGAAUAUAAACAAAUAACUGCAA